GGCGCGCGCGGCGCCGGGAGGAGGAGGAGGCGCAGCCCGGGGGCGGCGGGGAGGCCGGUGAGUAGCGCGCGGCGCCGCCAUGGCGUUCCGGAAGAAGGGCGCCAAGAACCCGCCGGUGCUGAGCCACGAAUUCAUCGUGCAGAACCACGCGGACCUCGUGGCCUGCGUCGGCAUGUUCUUCGUGCUGGGGCUCAUGUUCGAGGGCACGGCCGAGGUGUCCAUCGUGUUCCUCACGCUGCAGCACGGCGCGACUGUGCCCGCCGCCGCCGCCGCCGCCGCCACCGCCACCACCGCCGCCACCACCGCGGGCGCCGGCGCCGCCGGGCAGGAGCGCGCCGCCGAGGCCCGCUCGCUCUACUGCUACGGCGUCAAGGACCUGGCCACCGUCUUCUUCUACAUGCUCGUGGCCGUCAUCCUGCACGCCGCCUUCCAGGACUACGUGCUGGACCGCUUCAACCGGCGCAUGCAGUUCCCCAAGCCCAAGCAGAGCCGCUUCAACGAGGCCGGGCAGUUCAGCGCCUUCUACCUGGUGUCGUGCGUGUGGGGCACGCUGGUGCUCCUGUCCGAGAACUGCCUGGCCGACCCCACGCUGCUGUGGCGCGCGCAGCCCCACCGCAUGAUGACGUUCCAGAUGAAGUUCUUCUACGUGUCGCAGCUGGCCUACUGGUUCCACGCGCUGCCCGAGCUCUACUUCCAGAGGACGCGCAAGCAGGACCUGCCCCGCCAGCUCAUCUACAUCGGCCUGCACCUCUUCCACAUCGCCGGCGCCUACCUGCUCUACCUGAACCACCUGGGCCUCGUGCUGCUCAUGCUGCACUACUUCGUGGAGUUCCUCUACCACGUGUGCGACCUGUUCCACUGCAGCGACGAGAAGUUCCCCAAGGAGCGCUCGCUCUGGGCCAUCAUCGUGGGGCGCCUGGUGACGCUGAUCGUGUCCGUGGUCACGGCCGGCUUCCACCUGGCCGGGGAGCGCAGCCGCGACCCCGAGGCCUUCGCCGCCAACGUGAACGUGCUCGCGGCCAAGAUCGCCGUCCUCUCCUCCAGCUUCACCAUCCAGGCCUACGUCACCUGGAACUUGAUGGUGGCCCAGCUCCAUCGCUUGCUGCAAGUGGAGAACAGCAGCCUGCAGGUCCCCGGCGCGAAGAAGAAACGGACUAAAGGCAGGUCCAAACGAGGAACGGAGAACGGCCUGGCAGCCAGCAGCCGGUUGAGGAGGGAGAGACCUUCUCAAUGAGUUGCAGGCUUCCUGGCUCCACGUACCCAAAGAAGUCCGGUUUUUAAAAGAUUCUAAAAGAUUCUGCACUAGUGAUCUUUUUUUUUUUUUUUUGGUUCUCUAAAAUUAGUUUGUGCUGAGUUUUUUUUUUUUUUUUUGCUAUUGUUCUGUGCCUUUUUUUUUUUUUUUAAAGCAUUUGUGGGGUGGAUGAUUAGGAGUGGGGACAUCUGGUUUAGACUACGCUACUUAGCAUCAGGAUAGUUUGUGAAUCACUCGCAUUUUAUUGCUUACCUUUGAACACUUUCUUAAUGCCGCAGAGAGAGAACGGCAAAGACGCGUACCUCCGUGGCACAAUUUAACGUUUCAGUCCCAUCUUUUAGGGCAUCAGCAAUAUGGUCGUGUUCAACGAGAACGUAUUUUCGGUGUUUUCUUUGAGAAGGAAAUGGGAAUAUAUGCAGGUGGAAGUCAACGCAAAUGACGUUUUUUUAAAUUGUUCCCUACUUUCUAGGAUUGUUUUUAGAAUUUAAAGAGUAAAAUUUGUAAAGUCACCAGAAUAGUGGUGUAUUUUAUAGGUAGAGGUUGUUAGUGUUGCAUCCCGGUUGAAAUAAUCUUAAUGGAUACCGUGUAAAGAUUUGUUACCAUAUAUUGAAUCAAAAUAUCGUUAAUGUAAAAGUAUUACUAGGAGGUGAAAUCAUUCUCGUCCAUCUUAGAUACUUGUUAACUGAAAUCAACCAAUUAAAUAUCUGCUACAAAAGGAAAAUCAUAGUUAAAUCAUUUUGAUACAUUUCUAAAAAUUGUUCAUAAGUCAUAAGUUUGGUAUCUGCAGCAACUAGAAAAACACGUUUUCAAACUGUACGAAUUUUUGAAAGAUAAUGUGAAUUUUGGGAGGAGGGCAGGGGGUGGGAGGGGGCUCACCUUGUGGGCCUCAGGGCUUAGUCCUGACUGCACUCAGGGGUACUCCUGGCAGUGUUCAUGGGACCAUAUGGGAUGCAGCGGAUCAGACCGUGGUCUAUCUGCUGUACCAUGGCUUUGGCCUCUGAAAGAUAAGGAGUGUGGAGUCUAAAUCUAUAAAAAGAAUAUUGACUAAGUACACGUGAAAUACAUUUAAUGCACUAACCUAAAAUAACUUGUAAAACAAGUGGAUCUUACAAAUUUUUAAGAUGUUCCAAUCAUACUGUUGCAUCCAUUGGGAAAUAACUAUCAGAUGGAUUUGGGGGAUGUACUUGUACCUCUGCAGAAGCAGGUAGAAACGGUAGGCUGCAGUUGUGAGUAGUCAUAGUAUUUUUGUCCUCCCAACCUUUUAGUUGAUUUAAUUUCCAUAAAAUGUGUGUCUACUUCUUUGUCCAGAAGUUGAUAUAUGUCAAGUUCAGGUGACAUGUUUUCCUUUUGUCUAUAUUUUUCCCCCCAUCAUUCAGAACUCUGUUUUUUAUUGUUUUUUUGGGGGGGCACGUGUUAGGUACGUUUUCAUUUCCAGUACUUGAAAAUUAAAAGGCUUAAUACUUGUAUAAUUGUAUGUGUUGCAGACUGAAGGAAAAACACUAUUGGUAAAGUUUUCUUCUCUUUUCUCUCUAUAGCUUCUAAAGGUUCAUAACACAACAGUUGUUCCUUUUGGGGCGGUAUAAUUCAUCAUCGUACAGGAUCUCGGUUCUCAUUUGAUGGAUGUCGCGAUGCUGGGAGCGCGUGCUCUGAAGUACAGUGAGUGACUUCAGUUAGACAACCAUCUUACAACUCUGACAAAAAGUUUCAACAGCUUAUCUGAGAGAGUAGGAUUUUUCCUCACCAUUAAAGAAUUCUUCCUUGUACUUGUAAUUCCAUUCCUGGAAAAAUAUCCCCCCUCCCCCUUCCUCUCCCUCCCCUCGCCACUUUAUACCAUUUGCACAUAAGUACAAACCUGACUCAAACUGGCAAGUGAGUUAACAAAUAUGUUUAGGUCUCACGUGACUGCCAAAGGCAAGAAGUAAAGUAGACUUUGGCUCCAUGUGGUUAAGACCCAAAUGAAUUUCCCUGUGAUUUUCUUCACUGUCCGUCUGUCUUUGAUGGACUUUCUGCUUGGUAGAAAACUAACUAGAUCUUUUCUGUAUCUCAGCCCACAUUUCUGUAGAGGAACAAAGAAAAUCAAAUUUCUAAAAUUCUCAGAACAUUGACAGUUUCCUUGGAUGUGUUCAUUGACCGAGGUGUGCACUGUGCUGGCUGGUUUUUGUGCUUCAGUGGGGGGAAGAUAAAGACUUCCUGAAAACUACUAUAAUUGUGCAAUAAAUAUUGCUGGAAGGUAAAUAUGUGCAAAAUAAAUUAUGAAAACAAUGCUUUAAAUGAAAUUCACAAUUUGAAUUGUUAAGUUUCCUUUUGAAAAAAUGUAUGUAUUCUUAGUAAACCUCAGCGUGGCAAUUUUCUGUCUGCCCAAAGGGACUGUACAGGAACAAAAAUUUGUAUCACGAUUCUUGUAAGUUUAACUAAAGCUUAAGUAACUCAUCACCAAAAAUUUCCAAAAAGCAUGAAGACUUGUUUGACUUAAAUAUAAAGAUUUUGGCUUUAAUACUUGUCAAACUUUACUUUUCAAUUAAGUCUGCAGGUCCAGAUUUCCUAAAAUUAAUUUAAACUUCAUUUUAUAAGAAAAUUAAUUCUCUUAGCAUUUAAAAGUGUGUCCAGAUUUUUCCUAACAUCUGUCAUUUUAUUAGUGUUCAGUAUAAUCCCCUAUUUCAUUUCAGUAAGCAAACAAUAACUUUUAAAUAUUUCUUUGUUCCAUAUCUCACCAUUAUUUGUCUGAAGAUGAAAUUGUUAUGUUCGGUAGUGUGUUAACUUAGAGUACAUUCAAGAUUAGAAGUACAGCUUAUAUAAUUUAAAGCUUUCUUGAGACAUAAAAUAGCUAAAAAUCCUAUUCAUGUGGAAAAUUUAAAUUACCCUGAAAUAGUAAUUGUAAAUUUUUUCUGCAAAGUAUUUUUCUUGUAAAUGUUUUUUAUUGCCAUCUUUCAAGCAUAUACACAUGCACUGAGAAACUCUCCAUAAUUCCUUCAAUAGUAAAGCAAAACAAUAACGAAAAACUACCGUAAGUCCCUUUUGUGAAAAAAGUUUACCUUUCUAUAUAUUAGAUUUAUUUCUCAUGAUGUCUAGUCAUGUGGCUAUAUGAACUUUGCUAUCUGAAUUUCUAUAGUAAAUAACUCUUUGCUCUGUAUCACCUCUGGCGUUUGUACUGUGCAAUAAAGUUCAGAAAAGUGA